AUGAUGAAGCUCGUCGUCGUCGUCUUCUUCUAUUACUGCUCAAGAUUUUUAACAUUAACCUUAGCCCAAGCUCCAUCAACGGCACCUGCAUUAGCUCCGACGGCUUCCGGUCCAACAAACGUCACCAAAAUCCUUGAAAAAGCUGGCCAAUUCACCAUCUUCAUCCGACUUAUGAAAGCGACCCAGGUCUCGAACCAGCUCCUCGGCCAGCUCAACAACACCAACAAUGGCAUCACCAUCUUUGCGCCCAGCGACAGUGCCUUUUCCACCUUGAAAUCAGGCACUUUGAACUCCCUCUCCGAUGAGCAGAAAGUGGAGCUGGUCCAGUUCCAUAUCAUUCCAACGUACCUAUCUUCCACCCAGUUUCAGACCAUUAGCAACCCUUUGAGAACGCAAGCGGGGGACAGCGGCGACGGAAAGUUCCCACUCAACGUCACCACCACCGGAAACACUGUCAACAUUACCUCGGGGCUGACCAACACCAGCGUUUCCGGCACCGUAUUCACCGACGGUCAGCUUGCCGUUUAUCAAAUCGAUAAUGUUCUUCAGCCUCUGCAGAUAUUUGAUCCCCAGCCUCCGGCUCCGGCGCCGGCGCCUUCUAAGCCGAAGAAGAAGAAAGAAGAAGAUGUGGCCGAUAGUCCUGAUGAUGAUUCCACAGCUGAUAAAUCCGAAGCCGUGAGCUUCACCGUGGCAAAAAAUGUCGGUUUGUUUGUGAUCACUGCCAUAGUUAUUGCAUUCCCUGCACUGUUAUAA